AGAUUUGAAUUCAAGUAGUAAGAGUUUACUGGGAUAUAUUUCCCGAUUGUUUCAUUUUUUGAAGAAAGCAAAAAUGGCAGAUGAAAAAAAGAGGAGAGAACGUUUUACACUUUUAACAGUGCUUUCAGUAAAUCUGAUGACCGCAGUCUCGGGAAUGGCCUUCGCUUGGUCCUCCCCCUCAGUGCCGAAACUUCAAGGCCACAGCGGCCGGGAAUUCAACCCGCUGGCCCGUCCUGCCACCAUCCAGGAAAUAUCCUGGAUAACGUCCCUGCACAACCUCGGCGCCCUUUGCGGACCCCUGGUCACCGGCUAUGUCGCUUCCAAACUGGGCAAAAAGCGGACUUUGCUUCUCUUCUCGCUGCCGCAACUCAUCGGCAACGUUAUCUUGAUUUUUGCCAGGGAAGUAGUGCACUUUUAUGCGGCGAGGUUUCUGCUGGGCAUGGGCACCGGGUGCGUUUUUUCCAUAGUGCCCGGUUUCGUGGCUGAAGUGUCUGAUCCUGCCAACAGAGGGCGUGCUAGCAUCAUCCUGUCGCUCAACAUCAUCGCGUCGCAGCUGUUUUUGUACGUCGUCGGUCCUUACGUCACUAUUGGCAGUUUGGCGAUGGUCUCGCUGGUGCCCUCGGUGCUGUUCUUAUUGCUUUUCGGGUGGUUUGUUCCUGAAACUCCGGGGUAUUACGUGCAGCGGAAUAAACUGCAGGAGGCCGAGCAAGCGCUGUUGAAGUCCGGUAGACAGUUGGAGGAGUUGAAGGGUGUGAUAGAGAGCGUGCAGGAAUCCAAGUUGGAGGUGUCCUGGGGUGAGGCGCUCAAGUCGCUAGAAGUGAAAAGAUCUUUGGUUAUAAGCCUGGGGUUGAUGUUUUUCCAGCAAAUGAACGGGCACGGUUGUAUCGGGUCUUACAUGCAGACCAUCUUCGAUUCCACGAAAACUUCUUGGGCUGGCUACAAGAUGGUGAUGAUUGUCGGUGCGGUACAGCUAUUUGUGACGCUUGUUAUUACCAAUAUAGCCGAUAAGGUGGCUAGGAAGAAACUGUUGGGGCUGUCCUACUUGGGACAGCUAGCGGCCAUGAUAAUCCUGGGCGGUUACUUUUACCUCCAAGCUUCCAACUUCGAUUUAGCUAAUUUUUUUUGGUUGCCAGUAGCCUCGGUUCUGGUGUUGUUGGGCAGUUUCAAGAUAGGUUGCGGGCCUAUUUCUUGGACUGUGGCCAGCGAGGUGUUCCCGCCUAGCGUCAAGUACUACAUGAAUUCUUUGGUGGCUUUCCAGAUGACGAUUUGCGGUUUCCUGGCGAAUUUGAUGUUUCCUUUGGCAGUGGAAAGGUUCGGAAUGUCUUGGACGGUGUGGGGUUUUUCGGGGGUGAACGGGCUGGCGAUUUUGUUUGUGGUUUUCGUGGUGCCAGAAACCAAGGGGAAAAGUCUGGAGGAGAUCCAGGUGAUGUUGAGAGAGGGCAGGCAUCGAUGAUAUGGAAUGGGGAAUAGUGGAGAUGUGUGAGGGAGCGCAUUCUGUAUCUAGUCAAAUGUUUGGUUUUUACUCUAAUGUUUGUAUUGCGAAAGUAUAUUACUUUGUAAAUAAUUGUUAUCUAUCCAGACCUUGCUACCGUUUUUUUACCCCAGAAAUAAAUGAUAAACAUAUGUAC